AUGUUUAUACAUGCUGAAGCAGCUUAUCGUAAUUUAGAUAAUGAAUUAAUGCAUCAGUUACCUUGGUUAGUUUAUGUAAAUUUAUUGGAAUGCUGUCAACAAUUCCUUCACAACUCCAAUAAUUCAAAUGAUGAAAAUCCUAUGGAUCAGAAAGAAGAAAUCAUUGAAAAUCAGGCGAAAAAAGAAUGCCAAUUCAAUAGUAUACAUGAAGCUGCUUGUGCAUUGCAAAUCGAUGCGGAAGCCACUGAAGUAGCUUCGAUGAAAGCUGAAACAAUGGCCAAUAUAGUAAUUGAGUUGACAAAGAAAGGUUAUCGAGUGAAAAAUCCAGAAUAUGUACGAUAUAAUUACGAGCAUAAAACAUUUUCACGUCAAAUGAAAAUCAACGACAGUCAAGUUGUAGAAAUACGUCAAGUUCCAUGGACUGCAACACCAGCAACAAUUGCUCAUUAUUUCGCUGGUCUAAAUGUUCAUCCUGGUGGUGUAGCGAUUCGGCUAACAGAUGGACGACGUAGUAAUACAGCGAUUGUUGCCUUCGAUAACUCAAUGAAUGCUCAACUUGCUUUCGCUAGAAAUCAACAUUAUUUAUGUGGUUCAUUGAUUGCAGACAGUGUGAAUGGUGCAUCAGAUGUGAAUGUCACAUCGUCAUUGACCACACAUAUUCCAAAUAACAAUAGUAGUAAUAUUAUGAAUCAAAAUUGUGUAGGAAAUCGAAGUGAAUGUUCAUCUGAUGGUGUUCAACAGAUAAUGAUGAAUAGUAGUAGUAGUGGUAGUAGUUCAGUGAGACCAAUGUAUUUACAAAUUCAUACAGCUUCUGGAAAAGAAUUUGUUCAGUGUACUGGAUGUGAUCAAGACUCAGUGACAAAUUUUUUAAAUCAAUUAACCAAUGGUGAACAAGUUGUUGUACGUGUACGUGGACUACCAUAUACAACGUGUAAAAAACAAAUUAUAGAAUUUUUCCAAGCUGUUCAAGCGCCAGUGAUGUUAAAUGAACAAGGAAUUUAUUUGGUUGUUUAUCCUGAUCGACGACCAACAGGGGAUGCAUUCGUACUAUUUCAUGAAGAUGAUACAGCGACCAAAGCGCUGACACGUCAUAAAGAUUAUUUAGGUGAUAGAUAUGUGGAAUUAUUUAAAGCUUCACCAUCUGAAAUGGUUCAGGUAUGUUACAAUGUCACACUAUUUCAUAAUUCAUCAUCUGGACAGAAAACACAUACCAAUCUAUCAAAUUAUCAAUCUAACGGAGGAUCGUUAGGAGUACCACUAAUGAAUGGUGCAACACAAAUUAAUUGUUUAAAUCUAGUCAAUUUUAUUCACAACAACAACAAUACCAACAAUACUACUACUACUAAUAAUCACAAUAAAGAAACUUACUUCAAUACAGCAUCGUUCACACAAUUAAAAUCAGCUCUCAAUUCCAACGCUUUAUCCAAUCUACAAAAUUUAUGGAAUUCUAAUACACUCCGUUUAAAUUUAUCGCCACAACAAACUGUUUUGCCUACUGCACAUCAUACCACUGAGAAUAUUCUAUCGAAUAAUAAUAAUAAUAACACCACCACCACUACAUUCAAUCUACCAUUUAUCCCAUCGAAUGACUCAUCAUUAUCAUCGAUUCAUCCAAUGAAUUUAUCAUCAUCAUUAUUAUUCACAUCAAAUAUAAUCAAUGGAACAAAUACACUGAUUCAUCAUUAUGAUUUAACAGAUCCAACCAAUCCUGAUUGUCCAUUUGCUAGACCAAUGCCAAUUGGUGGUGUUUGUGCUAUGAUUCAGUUGAAUGAAUUACCACUGGAAACAUCUAGACAUGAUAUACGGUUGUAUUUAGGUCCAGCUAAUUUUGCUAAAGUUUAUCGUAUGAGAAGAAUGGAAACUGCAUCAAACCAAAUUACAUCUUCAUGGUUAUUAUCAUUAAGAAAUACAACUGAAGCAAUACAAUUUAUACGUGAUUUAAUUGGUCGCACAUUUACUGUCAGUACACUGUGUGGAAAUAAUCAAUCAUACAAAACAAUACCAAAUAUUCCAACAUUUGCAUUGUAUAAUGUUGAUCCAAAUGGAAAAUUAUCCGUAGUUAAUUUAUCUGAUAUUUCAUUUGGUAUCCCAUUGCAUAGAAUACAUGUGACGUCAUUAGUGAAAACCAAUAAAUCGAUUAAUUCGAAUUUAAAUUGUCCGCGGCAGCCAUUGAAAAAACAUUCAAUUAAAACAAAAGUUGAUGAUCAAACUAUGUUGAAUGCAAUAACUUCACAAGUUCCACUAACUGAUCCAAAUUUAACACUAAAACAUACAUCACCUUCAUCGUUAGGAAAUUUCGAUGUUAAUAAUAAUUAUGUCAAUCCAACUGCCAGUUUUAAUCUCUCCUCAUCAUCAUCAAUUACCAAUCAAAAUAAUGACAAUUUGCUGAUUCCCUCGAGUUUAAUGUCUACAAACAGUCUGGAUAAUUUGAAUGUUUCAUCAGAUUACAAAAUGUCCGCGCAUAUCAAUGAUAUUAUAUCAACUAAUCAUCAACUUAAUCGAUACAAUCUUCCCAGUCUUACAGCAUCGAUGGUUAUGUUAGCAGGGGCUCCAGCUGAUGCAACACAAGAAGAACUUGGUUCAUUGUUUAAACCUGUUAGAAAUUUAUUGACGGCUCAACCAUACUUUAUUCCAUUUCAAUAUCAUCCUAAUGGAACAGCAAACUUUUUAGCCAAUUUCAACAAUCCAUUAGAUGCUCAAACUGCUGUACGUUAUUGUCCAAAUGGUAGUCUACGAUCUAAUAAAUAUGUCAUAGGAGCAGCAUGUUUAAUCCCGCCUACACCAUUACCAACAGAGAUAACAACAGGCAUUACGAGUAAUAACCAGUAUGCAACGCCAACAUCACCAAUAAUUCCUAUCAAUGCAACUAAUCUAUUCAUGUCUAAUAAUCAAUUAAUCAAUUUUUCAAAUUUAUUGAACAAUGAAUCAUUGAAUCCAGGGAUUUUAUUUUUACCGCCAACUAUAUCAACACUUCAACAACCAAACAGAUUACAUUUUCAAUAA